GUAUUACCGUGUAUUUUAUAAUUUGGAAAGUUGGUUAAAAAUUAUAAGUUAUCUUAAUUCCGAGAAUUAUACAAAUAUUAAUGUUUUAAAUCGUGCUCAAAUCAUCGAUGAUACAUUCCAUUUAGCGAUAUCAGGCAAAUUAAAUUUUUAUGUAUUUUGGGAAGCCACAAGCUACCUAAAGUCAGAAACGGACUAUGUAGCAUGGUAUCCUAUGUUUAAAGUUGUUGAGCACAUGUCAUACAUUCUACCUUAUUAUGACAUCGAAAGUAAAAACUUUAAGAUGAAAGUACUAAUGCAACUGGUUCCGCUUCUUCAAAAGAUUGGGUACGAGGAAGAACCUAACGACGACAGCCUUAUUAAAUGUUUAAGACAAGAAGCUCUAAGAUGGGCAUGUGUUCUCGGUGAUAGCGAAUGCAAAAAACAUGCUGAAUAUAAGUUGCAAUGGCAUUUGUUAAAUCCGAU